UUUUUAUUUUAUUCGUUUCGCUUUCUCGACUGCCCAUUAUACCAACUACCAUGCCGGUGUCUUCUGGAACAAACGAAAUCCACAUUGAGUCCAUAGAGAUAGAGGGUUCACAACCUUUCACCUUCAUCAGAGGCGAUCCUUCAACUCCCGUCAUCGAAUCACCUUCCAACCCCAUGACCGCCAGCUACAACCUCGAGUCGGCCGCCGUUACGGUGGCAACCAAGAUAAAAAAUGAAAACAAGAUCGAGAGAGAAAAGCUCAUGAGCAUGCAAAAGAUGAUGGCGUCAUUCUUACAAGGAGCUCUUCAAGAUAAGCGUGAGGGUAACGAAGAACGAUACAAUGACCUGAUCUCCCAGCUCACUAUGAAGCCUAAUCUCCCUGGGGCUCCAUCUCCAUCCAAGUUGCUCAUGUGGAUAAAACUCCUUUCGCAAAUCGUCACGCAACUGGAUAGAUCCUGCAACGAUCUCGUUCAAGCAGUACUGUCUGUCGAUUGGACUGUACGGGAAGGAGCCUUUGUGGACCAAUAUAUUGGCUUCAUCGGCAACCUUGUGUCAGCUCAUACCUACUACGUUCGACCCGUACUCUUCAAUCUUGUUCGACGGUUGACGUAUCGUUCCAGAAUGCCUGAAAAUGUGAUGGUCACCCGCUCCAUCACAUAUCAACGAGCCCACAACGCUAUUCGAUACGUACUGUCCCUCAUCCCUACCUCUGCCACCGAACUGGUUACUGUUCUGGCAGAAACGUUCCCACACAAGCGAUUCAAUGUCGCCGAACAAGCUACCUAUGUGAACAACCUUUUAGAAAUCCUCGACUACUCUCCCAUUCUCCGUAAGCAAGUGCUUGGCUUGGCUAUCGAGAGAAUCAUUCUGAUUGACGUCGAAAUUCAAAUCGAGCUUGAAGAUUUAGAAGAUGAAGUCGAAAUAGAUGCGUUUGACAUGAAUUUGAAUGCUGAUUACGAAGACGACGACGAAAGUGAUGAAGAAGCCGAUUCUGAUGACGAAGAUGGCGUCGUUGCUGAAGACAGUGACUCCGAAGCUGAAGACGACCUCGAGGAGGAAACUCGAACAGCUACCCACAUCAAGCUACUUGUAAAGAAGUUGGAUGCCAUGCUUCAUAUUGUUUUCCGGUAUCUCAAGGAACUUAGCACAAAUCCUAAUGUCAGUUCUGAGGAACGACAACAGUUGUUCUUUUUCUUGUUGGACCUUUUUGACCGCACCAUCCUUCGAACCUUCAAGUCGCGAUACACUCAAUUCUUGAUCUUCUUUUAUUGCUCAACCGACGCUCUUACCUUCCCUGACGCUUUCUUGGGUCAUCUCUUUGAACACACUUUCCAAACUGCCAAACCCACUGUCACUCGUGUCGCCGCAGCCGCCUAUGUUUCUUCCUACCUUGCCCGUGCAAAAUACAUUGGACGCACCAGCUUGCGCAACGCCGUUUACAUUUUGAGCUCAUGGUGUGAACACUACAUGGAUGGCAACGAGAUUUUGGCCACUGGACCUGAUGCUAACCGACAUCCUGUGUUCUAUGCUGUAGUCCAAGCCAUCAUGUACGUCUUCUGCUUCCGAUGGAGAGAGCUUGUGGACGAUGGAUUCGACGAUAUGCUCAAUGACGACCUUGGCAUGGACGGCACUGACCCCUCCCGCCGCAUGAGUGGAAUGGAUGCCGACAUCCUCACAGGAGGUAUUGGCGGGUCCUUUGGCUCUAAGAUUGCCGGUCAGAAAUGGUGUGUAGGAUUACACCCCAUGCAACGUAUCAUCAACAGCACUUUAAAUCCUCUUAAAGUGUGUUCGCCUGCUGUGGUACGCCAGUUUGCCAAGGUUGCCAAUCAAGCCAACUUCUUGUAUGUCUACCCGAUCUUGGAACGCAACAAGUCCGUGUUCUGCUCAAGCAAUGACCCCAAUACCCAAGUCCGAAUUGAGUCGUUCUUUCCUUUCGAUCCCUACCAAUUAAAAUCUAGCAAGCAUUUCAUCGAUAAUAUCUAUCGAGAGUGGAUUGCCGACGAUGAUGAUGAGGACUCUUCUGACGACGACGAUGAUGACGAAGACGAUGAUGACGACGUCUCGGCUGGCAUGAUGGCCAUGAGUAUCAGCCCAAGUCCUAACCAACGUGUCAUGGGUUCUAUCCUUGGCCAGCGCUCAUAAACCGCUUGAAUUUCGCAAAGGAAAUUUUCUUUCUUGAUAUCCAACAUUCCCCUUCCCAAAACUUCAUAUCACCUGCAUUUUCACUAGUUAGCUAUAGCUACCUAUUCGUUUGACCCUCUUUGCAUCUCGUUGUCGGUACUGGGUACCGCGUUCAUGCCUACAAGCAACCGUCCCUCCUGCUUAUCCACCCUUGUAUAAAGCCGAAUAUUAAUCCCAACACUUUUUUACCCAAAAAAAAAUAAAAAAUAAACACUUUUGAAUCAAAUGA